ACAAACUCCUGGAAACCCGCGAGAGGCGUAAUCAGACUGGAGCAGGGCUGGCGCGCGCAGCGCCGCUGAGGGUUUUGGACGGCGAUAAGCCUCCGAGGAACAGGACGGCAAAAACUCCCGUUAGACCCAACUACUGUGUGGCCGUAGGGGAGACUCUCAGUGCACGUUUGAAGAACAGAACUAACAACGGGAAGACAGAACAGGGAUUUAUUUUAAUUUUUCUCGCACACAGAAGACAAUUUCGGAUUAGCGCGUGAGGACUUUUCAGUGAUAUAUUGACUAAUAAAAUGUCUUACUUUUUUAACUGGGAUUAUUUGAAGACUUCGGGAACCGUCAGUCUUUGUUUAGUAGUUUGAAUAGUUGUCCUUUACAGAACUAACGCACUGCUUCGAAUCGAAACACUUUGCUCUUUUUACUACAGCAAAACAGUUUGUUAUUCAAACCUUUGUCAUUAGGCUGCACUAGUCGGGGUUUGUUUUGCUUUCAUAGUUUUUAAAUUUACGAUCGAUACAGGCCCUAAUAAUAAUAUGUUAGCGGCAUCUCAGACAAACAUUCGACCGUUUAAAUGGGCAUAACAUGCCAAAAUAAUUUAAUCUAAACAGCAAUUUGGAAAGAGAGAAUCCAUCGAGACGGACGGUUCUUGUUGAAAGUUCACCCACACUGCAGAGUUCUGAACCAGGUGGACUUUCUAAGUGGGUUAGCUGAGUACAAUCGUUAAUUCACGGGAUCCGUUACUGGAGACGACAGCGUGGGAGUCCGUCUGCGCGCGAGCUGUUCCACUGUGCGAGACGCUGUCCCCGCGCCUAGUGCUGAGGAGAGACUCGGGCCUCCAUAAAUGCGCGGUCUAUCACGGACACUCCAGGCUGGGCAGCAAGAUGAGCUCGUGGGUUCAGCUGCUCGCGUUGCUGGUGAUGGCCAGUCUGCGGGUUGGGAAGGCCGAGGGAGACUCUCUGCCUGCGGGCCUGGAGGAGCUGGUUAGCAACAGCCCCAUCGCCUCCAUACAGGACCUGCAACUACUGCUGCUCUCUGAGGCUCCAGAUGAGGAUGAGGAGGGUUCUCCCUCCAACAGCAGCAUGACCCGAGUCCCCAGGAGCCUGGAUGCCCUGCCGGCCCAGCAGGCCCUGUGUAAGGUCCGUACAGAGGUCACGGAGGUCACCCGUGCCAUGUUGGAUCGCAGCAACGCCAACUUCCUGUUGUGGCCCCCCUGCGUGGAGGUGCAGCGCUGCUCUGGAUGCUGCAACACCAAGACACUGCAGUGUGUCCCUGUGCUCACUCACACCAGACACCUGCAGGUGAUGAAGGUCCAGUACAUGAACAAGCAGCCCACCUAUGCCAAGGCAGUGGUCUCUGUGGUGGACCAUGUGGAGUGUCGCUGCCAGCCAGCACCUCGGGCUCCGACUGUACCCAAGAAGAAGCCUGCCCCCAACAGGCCAGGGCAGCAGGGCCAGCAGGGCCAGCAGGGGCACAGCAAGGGGCGCUCCAAGGAGGAGCUCCACCGUCGAGACGAGCUGAAGCACAUCCAGCUGGAGCAACUCCUUGGGCAGCACUGGAACCCUCACUGGGCUGGCAACCACUCCACACUGCAGGGGGGCAGACAGGAGGCGGAGCCUGUGGCGGUGGGGGAGAGGGAGGAGGCGGAGCCUGGGGCACUGGGGGGCAGAGAGGAGGCGGUGCCUGGGGCACUGGGGGGCAGAGAGGAGGCGGUGCCUGGGGCGCUUGCUGACCCUGUGGAGAAGAGGGCCGAGGGGGGGGGCAGCCCCCCCAGGUAUGCUGGGACAGCCCAGGCUGGGAGAGAGCAGGGGGGGGCCGGCCCCCCUGAGGCGGAGGGGGGUCAUGACAAACACAGACAGGCCCCCCACACAGACAGACCCCCCCAGAGGACCAACACAACCAAGCAGUCCAGACCCAGGCAAGAGAACGCCUCCUCAGAACAGGCCGGUCCCAAUGAGGAAGCCAAUCAGAGACAAGAGAACCGAUUCCGUCCUACCAAGGAGACCAAUCAGAGACAAGAUAACCGAUUCCGUCCUACCGAGGAGACCAAUCAGAGACAAGAGAACCGAUUCCGUCCCACCGAGAAGACCAAUCAGAGACAAGAGAACCGAUUCCGUCCCACCGAGAAAACCAAUCAGAGACAAGAGAACCGAUUCCGUCCCACCGAGGAGACCAAUCAGGGCCUGAAGGAGCGUGGCAGGGACAAUGACACUCCGGGGUGGGAAGGGAGGGUGGGCCUGGCCCUCCUGGAGGAGGAGAGGAGGCAGCAGGAGAAGGAGGUCUUCACCAUUACCCAGCAGCAGCAUCCGUCCACCACCCAAACAGCAGACUCAUCCACCACCUCCCCCCGCUCUCCCCCCUCCACCGCUGGGCCCCGGGGCCCCGUCCGCCCCGCUCGCCCCACCCGCCCGGCCCCCAACCCCAGGAAGAGGAUGAGGAAGAACAGGAAGCGGAUCAGCAAAGCAGCCAUGAGAGCCAUGUUGAUGUAGGAAGCUGAUGAACCCAGGUGGAUAAGUCAUGUGACCGUCCAGUGUUGGGUAGUUAGCACCUUCCCUGUGAUGUCAGCACCUCUUCCUGUCAGUAACAGCUCGUCCUGUAAGGUGUGCAGUAACAGUACUAACGCGUCUGGCCCACCUGUAACAGCCCCUGGGUGAAGACCAGGGCUCCUGCAGCCAGGAUGCAGGAUGGAAGCUGACCAGACCACCACCUGCUCUGACUGUCCUGGGGGGAUAACACUGGAGAAGAGGGAACUGGGAAACUGAGUUCUGUUUGAACUUUCAGGACUUCCUCACUUCAUUCCACUGGAUACCAUUCCUGCCAGGUACCUGAGAGGUCCAGUCUGGUCUAGAACUCAUUCUCCAUACUGGUGAAGGACUACAUUUCCCAUGUCCUGGUUUCUUGAGUCACAGACACAUCCAGAUCAAGAAGAGCAGUCCUCCUGGCCUUCUCCCUCUCCCUCCAGGGCUGUGGUUAGACUGCUGCUGGGUAGACAGUGCUGGGACACAACCACAACUGACCAGCAGGACCUGCAUCAGUCAGUCCUGUGUGUUCUGACACCACGAUAUCUUGGUUCUUGUCUCAGUUCAACUGUACUGUCCGUUUCCAUGCUGACAUCACUGUGGGAGAGCAACGGCACCCCACCCAGAGAUAUCACUCAGUAGCAUAACAACGUAGAUCUUCUCUUGUUUUCUGUCGUAUUUAAUUCUAUUUAACUGUGUAAACACUGGAACACGCCCAGUGUGGCAGCGUCCUCAGGGCCCCUCAGGGAGGACGACUCAUCAAGGUGCUCCAGAUACACUAAACUGGGUCUGCAUUUCUACAUGAUAUAUACCAUUUAUUUAUUCAUUUCACUGAUCCUUGUUCCUGUGCCUGCUAGACUCAUAGCGGGUGUUGUAGGGUGGUGUAGGGUGGUGAAGGGUGAUGUAGGGUGGUGUAGGAUAGUGUAUCCCCACUUUAUGUAUCUGGAUCACAGGAUAUUCCAAUCAAUCACUUAUCUGUCCAGAGAGUUCAGUUGCGCAAAAAAAAGAUGGAGAGUUGCUCAGAGAAGAUGAGUAAAGGGAUCAAUGUGUGUGUGUGUGUGUGUGUGUGUGUGUGUGUAAGCAUGUUUGGGCGUGGGUGGGUGUGUUUUAGUAUUCUUAUAUUUUGCUGUUUGACACGUGAAGCCACAGGCGAUGAGUAGGCAGUGAGCUGGAGAGGGAGACAGCACACCUGGAGAGAGGAGCGCUCUGCCUCCACACCACACCUCCCCUCUGCCUCGACACCACACCUGCCCUCUGCCUCCACACCACACCUGCCCUCUGCCUCGACACCACACCUCCCCUCUGCCCCGACACCACACCUGCCCUCUGCCUCCACACUACAUAUUGCCCUCUGCCUCCACACCACACCUGCCCUCUGCCUCGACACCACACCUGCCCUCUGCCUCCACACCACACCUGCCCUCUGCCUCGACACCACACCUGCCCUCUGCCUCCACACCUGUCCUCUGCCUCCACACCACAC